AUGGCGUCCCUCUUUAGGGCUCGCCGGCGGCGAUCGCCGGAGCACGAGGGGGACGACGGCGACGGAUCCGGAUCCGGGCGGGGCAAGCGCCGCCGCCUCUCGCCGGAGGAGGGCGGGCUGGUGCCGGCGGAGGGGGGAAGGAGCCCCGGGUGGCUCUCCACCAUCGUGACCGGGGCCAAGCGGGUCAUAUCCUCCGUGCUCUUCUCCUCGUCCGAGGAGCAGGCCUCCGGGGACGAGGAGGAGGAGGAGGAGGACGGCUCCGAGCAGGACUCCGAUGGAAAUGAAGAUGCCCAUGAUAAUCAUGGAACAAUAGUUUCUUACAGAAAAUCAAAGCUUGCCAUUGAGGAAAUGGUUAUGAAGGAAACAUUUUCAAGGGAUGAAUGUGAUAAGAUGGUAAAGCUAUUACAGUCACGUGUUACAGAUUCAGCAUUUCCUGAAGCCUAUGAGCAUGGGACACCAAAAGAAACCCCAAGCAGGAAUGGCCAUGAUUUUACUGGAGCUUGGCGUUCCUUGAAUCGCAAUAGAAAUGGCCCUGGGUCAGGUCCAUUUUUGAGUACCGGACCUGGUAACUUUUCUCCUGGCUCUCCUCUCCGAGCAUCACCUGAGCUAUGUAGUGCAGCAGUUAUGGAAGCAAAGAAAUGGUUGGAAGAGAAAAGGCAGGGAUUAGGCUCAAAGCCUGAAGAUCAUGGACCUUGCACAUUAAACACUGAUGUGCUUAAUGCUGACCUCAAAUCUGACAAGGGUUCUCCUGUCGAUUUAGCAAAAUCAUACAUGCAGUCAUUGCCACCAUGGCAGUCCCCUUUAUUAGGCAGUCGGAGAUUUAAAUCACCACCCUCCGGUGGAGUACAUAUUAAUGAUGAAGAAGGAUCCAAAUACUUCUCAUCAUCAAAGGUCGACACCAAGGAAGACUUCCUUUCCAGUUCCAACUUCUGGGAAAACUUUGAUUUGCGAAGAGAUCACAUUAAAUUUUCUGAAACUGCAGAAGCUUCUAAGUCGAGGCACCAUGGUUCUACUUCCAGAUUGUUUGAUAAUGGUGUCUCUAUAUUAUCGCCGGGUACUCGUGAUGAAGUUGGACAGAAUGUACAGGGUUAUGAAGGUUCUGAUAAAGUUGCUGCAGCAGAACCAGCCAAUGAGUGCUCCUUACCUGUUUCACCAACUAAAGAUGGAAACCAUGGUGCUGUUGAUUCUGUGGACGCUGCACCGAAGGAAAGUGGAAAUCUUGUCCAAGAAUGCCAUGUUGCAUCUGAUGUUCAUCCUGAUGAGGUACCACAGGGGAAUGCAGAUGAGGUGCCACAUGGGAAUCCUGUGCCUCUCACAAGUGCAAUGGAAGAGGCUGUCGACCACAGUGGAGAUAAAUCUGUGCCUGCAGAACCAGAAAUUCACGAAGAAUUGCAUAUGAACUCAACUUCAGCUCCCACUAUUCAUGCUUAUGUUGGCUUUGCUGAUUAUGGAACUGUUCCAGAAUCGAGAGCAAAGGAUGCAGCCCCCCAUUUCCGGAUGAGUUUGCGUUCCCUAAAGAAAAAGGUCCACACGAGUUUAAAUGGGCCUACCAAGAAAAUCUCUGCCAACGGUCUUCUGGAUCGAUCAGAUGGCAACUCAGGGAUAGAAUCCUCGUGCAAUGAUAAUCCCAGCUGCACUAACUCGAGCAGUGCUGUACCUCCCAACAAUAAUGAGUUCAUCAACUCUGCAGCUGAUGCUUCAGCUGAUAACACCGUCGAUGACGGCGUGAGAACGGUUUCAGAGAAACCGGCGGAUGGUAAGUCUGUCGAAAACGGCGCUGGGACGGAUUCAGUUGAACCCGCAAAGGAAGACGCUAAACCAACUUACGUCAGACGUGGCCGGAAAAGGGCUGCUCGUAGGGCGUUAUGA